AACCCGCCCCCCCCCCCGCGCAUGCGCAGCAGGACGCGGUGCCGGCGCUCCCCCACCGCGCAGGCGCCCUGUGGAGACAAGAUGGCGGCGCCCGUAGACCUGGAGCUGAAGAAGGCCUUCACCGAGCUGCAGGCCAAGGUGAUAGACACACAGCAGAAGGUGAAACUGGCCGACAUCCAGAUCGAGCAGCUGAGCAAGACGAAGAAGCACGCCCACCUCACCGACACGGAGGUCAUGAUGCUGGUGGAUGAGACCCGCAUGUACGAGGGCGUGGGGAGGAUGUUUAUUCUUCAGUCUAAAGGAGUGAUUCAUAAUCAGCUCUUAGAAAAACAGAGAAUAGCUGAAGAGAAAAUUAAGGAAUUAGAGCAGAAGAAGUCGUACCUGGAGCGGAGUGUGAAGGAAGCAGAAGAUAACAUCCGGGAAAUGCUGAUGGCCCGAAGGGCACAGUAGCUGUGCAGUUUCCCCCAGGCCUCCUGCAACACCUUCUGGGUGGUUUGGGGCAGCCCUGCCUGUGUGCUGCUCACCACCGCCCAGCUGCACAAGCUCCGUUCUGUGGCGGUUUCAAUAAAAUUCUGCUGCGAA